AUGGAGCGGGACGCAGCAAAUAAUAUUUGGACUAUUUGGUACGCGUCUCAGUAUGGCAAGCAUAAGCGCGUGCAAUCGCUGUUGGAUCGCAACGCUGUUUCAUCGAUCGAUGUUCAGGAGUUUAGAACGCAAUGGAGUCCGUUGCAUUUUGCAUGUCGGUACGGACAUAGCUCUCUUGUUGCCUUUCUCGUUGCACGAAAGGCAAAUGUGGAUCUACGAGAUUGGCAAGGGAAUACACCUCUUCAUCUUGCCGCCGGGUGGGGGGAUUUGGACUGCGUCACAUUGCUUUUAGAGGGGGGAGCUGAUGUAAGACGGACCAACAACAGUGGUCAAAGUGCACUAGACGUCGCAGUUUCCUUAGCCCGCAAGGAUCAUGUUCGACUGCUGAAAGAUUGGAAGCCGCUGGGUCUCAGUCCUGAAGAGCUAGCGGCGUUCCGACAGAAACUUAUCGCCAAUAACACGGCGGUGAUCAAAUUUGAGCGCUCACUCGUGGAAGAACCCAACGCGAAUAUUAGGUUAGAACUUCAGGCACUCCAUUUCAAGCGUCAGUGCUACGGCGAAAGUCAUCCUGGACUUCUAGCGACGUACAACAAACUCGUAAAUCUUUACAGGGACAAUGGAAAAAUAGCCGAUGCUCUCUCCAUGGCCGACCAUGGACUCACGUUGUGUGAAUCUACAUACGGCCGUCGACAUGCCAAUACUGCUGGAUGGGUUAGUGCUCUCGGCGAAUUGCUGCUCUUACGAGAAAACUAUGACCAAGCGAUUCAUUGCUUUGUAGAGGCGUUCAACACGCUUUCCAGCUUGCAAGGAGAAACUGAUCACGAGACGAUACUUGCGCUGGAAAACUUAGCCAUCGCAUGCUACAAUGCCAAACUUUAUCAUCUCAACGUGCGACUUGCUUCCGUGCUCAUGGCCCAGCGAGUGCGAGAAGCUCGAGCGUUGUACGUGCAGUGCUUACCGCAUGCUGAAAAUCUCUUCGGAGGUACAGACGAUCACACUGUGGCGUGCACUGACGAUCUAGGCAAAUGCUGCUUCAUGCUCGGCGAGAGGCAGAGAAGUACUUUAAGCGCUCACUAG